AUGUAUAAAAGCAUAAAUGAGCAAACAUCUCAAUAUUGCUCUUUUUUCCAGUGUGACAAGAACUUGGAAUCGAACACGUCAUACCUAAACCUGCCGUCUACAAGACAAGAACUGAAAGCAUACGAGGACAGGAAUCAGACGCAUGCAUCUAUCCAUCAGAAGGGUCUAUCCAUAAGCAGCAAAGAUACGUUUCUACUAUCCACCGUGGUGUGCUCGACAAAACUAACACAAAAUGUUGAUCUUCUUGGAUUAUUGAAGUGGAGAGCUGAACCUGAUAAGAUUAGACAGAGUCUGGAAUCACUCAUGAAGGUCGAUGGUGAAGAGGUUGUCAAGUUUCUACAAGACACGUUAGAUGCUCUGUUUAGCAUCAUGGCUGAGAACCCACAGUCUGAAGAGUAUGACAGACCUGUAUUCAAUGCUGUGGUGUUCAUCAUAGGGUUAAUCGCAGAUAGGAAAUAUCAGCAGUUUAGACCAGUACUGGAUACAUACAUCAAUGAACACUACAGUGUUACAUUUGCCGACCACAAACUUGCCAAGGUAUUAAAGGACCUAUUAGACAGUGCUGGUGAGCUAGACAGUCCUACGCAGCUUCUCCAAGCUCUCAAAGCCAUAGAGUAUCUAUUCAAGUUCAUUCUCAGGUCCAGGAAACUCUUUGUGGCUCUUCAUGGUGAGGCAACGGGUCGGCAAGGGUUUGAGCCCGGGUUUGAGUCUUCCAUAAGAGAGGUCUUCCGCCCCUCAACUGGUUAAUGACAUACACAGAUGAUCUGAUGGUUCUAUGCCAAGGAGCUGCCAUGAGGUUCCUUCCACAUAUCAUCAAGGACACCAUGCAACAGUUCAUCCCCAAAGAGCUUGCCAUACACCUGAAGGAGUUCAUCCUCAAUCUGCCUCCAGACCGUCUUGUCAAUCAGAAGCUUGAGUGCCUCAGAGACUUUGUCCAGAGUGAGAUCUUCAAAGUCAGAGAAUGCAGAGCAGUACUUCUGCCUAUGAUGACAGGUCAACUCAACACGCUCAUCUUGAAGAGAGAAGAAAUGAAAUCAUGCGCUGAACUCUUCCAGGAGAUCCUUGAUACCUUAUGGCAGAAAGAAACGAAAUGUACCCAUGGUGACACAGCGGAGGUGAUGCAUGUAUUAUUCAGGACAGUCAUUCAAGCUGUCAUCUACAUGUACCUAGAGCAAGAUCUUGGUCUCAUUGUA